AUGACUGAGAUCUUCUCCUGGGUCCCAGUUUCUGGGAGCGAUGCGUUCGGCGUCUUCCUGCCGCCCGUUCCGAACCUCAUUGGAGUGAUACUGUGGGCCUUCGAAACGUGCAUCUUCAAGUGGCGUCUCACGCUGGACGGGUUCCCUGCGCUGCUUUGCGAUCUGCCGCCACGGCUGCUUCCACCUCUGUCUGGCGAAAUCCCAGAAGAUGAGGCUGCCAGAAGGUUGCGAUACUGGGGCGCCUGGCUUUUGCUGAGCCCCUUCUUGAUGGGACUCCUGUGUGAGGCGUGCCGGGUCUUCAGCAUUGGUGCCAAGCACUUAUGGAGUUGCAUAGAGCACUCUCUUGCGCAGCGGAUCGGCUACAACAUGGUUCCAGAAGCAGAUGCGAAAACCAAACCCUGGGUUGAUACUCGUGAUGUCUCUCGUGUGGAUGCGACGGGAAACAGGACGAACGUCGGCUUCAAGCUCCAGAUGGUUGUCUAUCAUUCGUUCUGCGCAUCCCUCGUGGGUGUGGCAGUGACAAAAGACUGGCUUUCCGUGGGGGGCGGGGGUAUGGCGUGGGAGUUGUGGGCCGUCUGGCAGCAAGUUUGCUUGUGGACACUUUUUCUUGAGAACCUGGUGCGCUGCGUGUGUUUUCCAACAGAAGCAUUGGGCUCGUCUACUUUCAAGGUAGUGUGCCUCUACACUGUCCCAUUGCUGAGCGAAGUCACAGACACAAUGAAAGAUUGGGUGAUGACCGGAGUGUGUGUGCUUGCGACACAAAGUUCUGCGGGGCUUGUAACAGGUGCCAUCAUGAUUCUUGGAGACGUGCUGCUUGCAUACGGGGCUCACACUUUGCAUGUGGGGAUCAAGAUCACGGGGUCUAUCGGAAUGAUUUGCCCGCCCGUGGUAGCUCUGCAAGCCCUGGCCUUUACAGCUAUCACCUUGAUUUAUUGUUUGCAUGUGCUUCUGGGGACGGCCACAAUGGUGGCAUUUGUCCUGGGCUGGGCAGGGGUUUUCUUGCUGAUCUCGGUCGUCGCUCUACUUGCCCUCGGCGGAGGCCUUGUCUUCAAAGGCAUUGCCUUCCUCUGCUGCCUGCCGCUGCUGUUUCUGAUUGUGAUACAGAUAACGGGAGAGGUGGGUUGCGUAGGGGCUUUAUUGGUGCUCUUGGCUGCCGCACUGCUUAUCUAUGGUCUUGGCAAGGUUCCUGUUUCGGAACAUCUUCUGGCAUUGGGCGGCUUCCUGAACCCGCAGCUCGAGAAAAUGCAGGUUCUCCUUGGACGAGUCUGGGCAACGCGUGGUUUUGGUCCCUGGCUCUUUCAACAGUGGAUCUUGUUGGUGACUGAUGCAGGUUGCCUGGCAGUUGUGUCCUCUUACACGAUCGUGUACUCAUAUUGGCUGGUCACGCAUUUUCCGGAGACCUGCAAUGAGUUGAAGAGGUCAUACCGGCCCAUCAUCUCCUUGCGAAAGCCGACAGAACUCCCUCCAACCACUUACGGGAUAACAUUCUUCGGAUGGUUGAGCACCAAGUGCUCGAACAUGUUCGCAGGACUCUGUGUGGACUUCCUGAGCUCUGCACGCUUCUUGAUCGCGGUUGGAGAAGAUUGGCCGCAAGGGCUGCUCGGCGCCAUCAUCAGCUACAGGUAUGGACAUGGCUUGGGCUUCGCCGGUGUAAGCGCUGUUUGGAGCUUCCUCAAAGGCAUCCUGAUAGCAAUUGGCCAGCUUGUGAUUUACAGCAACAGGUCUCAGGCAGUCGAGUGGGCAAUCGCCAAUAUGCCAGAAAUCUUUGCCUCACGCAUCUUCAUGGACGGCAAGCAGAAACCACGACCGUUGUCAGAAGUCGAGCAACAACUCACGGACAUGUUCUUGACGUGCGAUGUAAUCGGCGAGGAGGUGUUUGCAGGGCUGCACUUGCGACGCGGCGUGGAGUUGUUUGACAGCCUUUUCGAGCGCCUGGAUAACUGGAUCAAGGACAUGAAAUCAACAGGAGUCGGCGAUAAGACCUUCAAGGACUUGGUCAUCGUGAGCCUGCUAAGACGCUACAUGGAGCAGGAUGUUCCCAUCAAGUCGAUCAAGGACCUGGGCUUCAGCCGGCAAAGUUACCUGCAGGUUUAUACUAUGCCGGACUUCCUGAAAGAAGGCAUUGUUCAAACACCUGCAGAUGCAGAGAAAGAGGGCUUCACCAUCUCUCUGGACAUUGAGAAAGCUGGCACAGUCUUGAAGGACAGGUUCACGCGUAAUGAUCUACAAGAGUACGGAUGCACCCUUGAGCAGUACCUGGAAUCGGGUUGCAGCAUGACGGCCCGGAACGCGCGGGAAGGCGGGUUUUCUGCAGAGGAAUGCUAUGCAGCAGGUCUGGUGCUCACUGUCGAAGACUGUUGCAAUGCAGGUUUUUCUCUGAAAGACAUUGUGCGCUUGUACAUGGGAUCGGUCGAAGACGUCUUGAAGGCAUGUGAGGAAGCUGGGUGUCAGUAUUCUGCCAAGGACUUCAAUCAGGCAGGUUUGGCAGCGAAGCAUUGCAAGGAGGCUGGCUGUUCAUUGAAGGAUUGUCAAGAUCAUGGAUACUCGCUCCAGCAGUGCCGGCGGGAUGGCUUCUCCUCAAAAGACUUCAGGGACGAAGGCUUCUCAGCGAAAGACUGCAGGCAGGCCGGCUUCUCCUUGAAGGACAUUCAGCAAGCUGGCUUUGGCAUCACGGAGGUCUACGAUCAAGGCCAGGAACAUCACGAACAUUCACUGGCACAGUGUCGGCAGGUGGGGUACUCUGCAAGCGAUUGUCGCCAGGCACAGUUCUCAGUGAAAGACUGCUUACAUGCAGGCUUUUCUCUGGAAGAUCUUCUUGAAGCAGGCUUUUCAGAGGAAGCCCACAGCAUUGUGAAGUCCGGCUUGACCGCCAGCAUGUGCCAGCAGAGGGGCAUCUCCAUGACGUUCUGCAGGGAAGUUGGGUUUUCCUUGCAUGAGUGCAGCGAAGCUGGCUACUUGCCUGGAGAUUUCAAGGCUGCUGGCUAUUCAGCAAGAGAGUUUCAGAAAGCAGGCUUCUCAGUGAGAGCUUGUUUGGAGGCCGGCUUUUCUUUGCAGCAUGUCCGGCAGAGUGGUUUUUCACUGAAGGCCUGCGCGGAUCAAGGUUUUUCAGUUCAGCAAUGUCGGCAGGCUGGGUAUUGUGCAACAGAUUGCAAGAAGGAAGGUCUCUCACCAAAGGACUGUGUAGAAGCGGGCUUUUCUUUGUUGGAUUGCAAGGAGGCUUGCUUUUCGCUGCAGGAUUGCCAUGAUCAUGGAUUCUCGCUGGAGCAGUGUCGGCAGUCUGGUGGCUACUCUGCCACAGAUUUCAAGAAAGGAGGCUUCUCAGUUAACGACUGCGUGAAGGCGGGCUUGUCUUUGCAGGAGAUUCGAGAGGCCAAGUUUACAGUCAAGCAAUGCAAGCAGCAAGGAUUUUCAUAUGAGGAUUGCAAAGAGGCCGGCUUUUCUGCACUGGAUUUCAGCCGGUCUGGUUAUUCUGCCUUAACUUGCAAGCGCGUGGGAUUCUCAAUGAAGGACUGCAAGCAAGGAAAGUUUACCCUUGAGCAGUGCGCCGAAGCUGGUUAUCAGGUAGUGCAGGAAUGCAAACUGGCAGGCUAUUCUUCAUCCCAUUGUAGGAAUGCAGGCUGGUCUAUGGAAGGCUGCUUCGAGGCCGGAUAUACUUUGUUGGAAUGCAGAGAAGCUGGAUAUACUCGGUAUUGGUCUGUCUUAGAGUAUUCGAAGGCGGGCGGUUCUUUGUCGGAUUGUAUUGCAGCUGGAUACUCUGCAUUACACUUUCGUGAGUCUGGCUUUUCACUGCAAGAUUGCGUGCUUGCCGGCUUCUCCUUGUUUGAAUGCAAAACUGCCGGAUAUACUGCAGCGGAUUUCAUCGAGGCCGGUUAUUCUGCCCUAGCAUGGCAUUAUGCAAGGAUCUAA